AUGAACGACGCUAAGAAAGCUAAAAGGAGAUGCAAGAGAUCAAGAUUUACCCUCAAAACUUCUGAUGAUCCAACCCCAGUCUCUGUAGGAGUUAAGAGAGUCAGAGAGGAUGAAAUUAGUGAUGCCUCUUCAGUUCUCGAUAGAGCAAAAAGAAUGAAUAAUGAGAUUCUUAAUAUCAACAAUCCAGUAGGAAGGGAAGUCAAAAGAGCUAAAACUAAAGAGGAGGUUCAUAUAAACCCAUGGACACAAUGAGAGUAUAGUUCAAAGUAUUAUGAAAUUCUUGAGAAGAGGAAAGAACUUCCUGUCUAUGAAGCAUAUGACACUCUUAUUGAACUUGUUCAAGAGAAUCAAAUUAUUAUCCUUCAAGGAGAAACAGGAAGCGGAAAAACUACCCAAGUCCCUCAGUUUCUGUUGGACAGUGGUAUUGCAGGAUACAAGAAUGUAGCAUGAACCCAGCCAAGAAGAGUAGCAGCAAUGAGUGUGGCUAAAAGAGUUGCUGAAGAAAUGGACGUGAUUUUGGGAGAAGAAGUAGGAUAUUGUAUCAGAUUUGAUGACUGCACCUCAAUGAAAACACGGUUAAAGUAUAUGACUGACGGUAUGCUUCUUCGAGAGGCAAUGGCAGAUCCUCUCCUUUCAAGAUAUUCUAUAAUAUGCUUAGAUGAAGCUCAUGAAAGAAUCCUCAACACAGAUAUUCUUCUCGGAUUAAUUAAGGAAGUUUUACCCAAAAGGCCAGAUCUCAGAUUGGUGGUAAUGAGUGCUACAAUGGAUGCAGAAAAAUUUCAGACUUAUUUUGAAGGAUCUCCUUUGUUAGAUGUGCCAGGAAGAAUGUUUCCUGUAGAAGUAUACUACACAGAACAACCAGAAGAGGAUUAUUUCGUAGCAGCAAUUCGAACAGUUAUUCAAAUUCAUUCAUAUGAAGAUAAAGGAGAUAUUUUACUCUUCUUAACAGGAGAAGAAGAGAUUGAAAAUGCUUGAAAUGCAAUCAAAGAAACUGUUGAAAAGUUAGAAAAAGUAGGUGAUUUAAGUGUAAUCCCUCUCUAUUCUUCACUUCCUCCAACUAUGCAGCAAAGAAUUUUUGAAGAUCCUCCUCCAAAGAAUAGUAAAGGCAUUGAAGGAAGAAAAUGAAUUGUUUCAACCAAUAUUGCAGAGACUUCCUUAACUAUUGAUGGAAUUGUAUAUGUGGUAGAUCCAGGAUUUCAUAAGGAAAAAGUUUAUAAUCCAAGACUCAGAAUUGAAUCUCUUUUAGUCUCCCCUAUCAGUAAAGCAAGUGCUAAGCAAAGAAGUGGAAGAGCUGGAAGAACCAGACCUGGAAAGUGUUUCAGAAUUUACACUGAAGAAACAUACAAGAAAGAAUUGGAAGAAAAUACUAUUCCUGAAAUACUUAGAUCAAAUCUAGGCCAGGUUGUUCUAACCUUGAAAAAGCUUGGGAUCAAUGACCUUGUUCAUUUUGAGUUCAUGGAUCCUCCAGCCCCAGAGACAUUGAUGAGAGCUCUUGAAGAGCUAAAUUACCUUGGUGCUCUCGAUGAUGAAGGAGAGCUUACCAAAAUUGGAAAUGAAAUGUCUCAAUUACCUUUAGAUCCAAACCUUGCCAAAAUGCUUAUUGAUUCGGUUGGAAGAAGAUGCUCAGGAGAGAUAUGAUCAAUUGUAUCAUUAUUAAGUGUUCCGAAUGUAUUUAUGAGGCCAAAAGAUUGAGUCAAGAAAGCUGAUAUUGCCAAGUCUAAAUUUGCACAUCCUGACGGAGAUCAUUUUACUCUUUUAAGUGCUUUUGAAUCUUACAAAUUUAAUAAGGAAGAUCCAAACUGGUGAUGGGAAAAUUUUAUUAAUUUCAGAUCAAUGAAAUCUGCCAGCAAUAUCAGAGCUCAACUAGUCAGCCAAAUGAAUGGAUUCGGGUAUAGCAUUGAACUCUCUUCAAAGAGACCCAAAGAAUAUAUUGACAAAAUUAAAAUGUCAAUUAUCUCAGCCUUCUUCAUGCAAGUAGCACAUCAAGAAAAAGGAGGCCACUACUCAAUUGUCAAAGAUAAUCAAAUUGUUCUUCUCCACCCUUCCACCACACUUGAAAAUAAACCCGAAUGGGUUCUCUACCACGAAUUCGUCCUUACCUCCAAAAACUUCAUCCGCACAAUCACCGAGAUCAACCCCAAAUGGCUUCUCCAAAUAGCCCCUGAGUACUACGACCUCGACAAAUUCCCCAACAACGACAUCAAAAAGAAGCUUUCCUACCUCCAAACCCUCCUCACCAACCCCUAACCAUAAUCCCUC